AUCUAGUGACGUUUUACGAUCAAAUUUAUUUACGGAAGUGUGAAUAACUGGGCAAAAUUGCCACUCGCGAUGGAUUUUCAAAGCCAAAUAAUUAAAUAAAUGAGUAAUUAAGUUGGUUUUAGCUAAAAAUGUGUAAUAAUUUUGGGGUUUCAUAAAUGGUGAAGGGUUGGCAGCACUGGAGUUUUGUGUUCUCAAGUGUCUUGAUCAAUUCGUUCCAAAUUUUAAUUAAAACCAUCACUAUGGAUAAUUUAGAAGCAAAUAUUAUGGACAAGUCAAUGCGUUCGGUUUUUGUGGGCAACAUCCCCUACGAGGCCACGGAAGAGAAGCUCAAAGACAUUUUCGGCGAAGUAGGCCAAGUCCUGUCAUUCAAGUUAGUUUUCGAUCGCGAGACAGGCAAACCCAAAGGCUAUGGCUUUUGUGAGUACCGCGACCAGGAGACCGCCCUCAGUGCCAUGCGUAACCUCAACGGGUACGAAAUCGGGGGGCGCAACCUCCGCGUCGACAACGCCUGUACCGAGAAAUCCCGUAUGGAAAUGCAAAACUUGCUAAACCAGCCCCCAGUCGAGAACCCUUACGGCGAACCGAUUCAAGCUGAGAAAGCCCCCGAGGCUAUUAGCAAGGCCGUUGCGUCUUUGCCCCCGGAGCAAAUGUUCGAGUUGAUGAAGCAGAUGAAGUUGUGCAUUCAGAAUAACCCCACUGAGGCCAGGCAAAUGUUGCUCCAGAACCCCCAGUUGGCGUAUGCCCUGCUCCAGGCCCAGGUUGUGAUGAGGAUUAUUGAUCCCCAGACUGCGGCCACCAUGUUGCAUCCUCAAAAUCCAGUUCCUUCGACUUUGACGCCGAAGGAAAAGACCAAUCCAGGGCCGGUGUCGAUUAAUAGUAAUUAUACGGGGAAUCCCACGCCUGUGCAGCCCCCCAGGCCGGAAUUUCAGCCAGUACCGGCCCCUGCACUUCAUAAUAAUUCAAAUCCAGUCUUCACCGGACAAGACGUGGAUCUGAGGUCACUGGAUCCUAGAGGGGCAGAUCCCCGCCUCAGCCGCCUUGGUGAUCAGGACAUGCGGACGUUACCCGGACAACUCCCCAACCCCCUUCCACCCCCACUCGUCGAAAAUUUCACAAAGCCGGAUCAGAAAAUUGAAAGUUUUAAUAGAGAUCCACGAGGAGGUCCAGGUAGCUUCCCCUCUGACCCGAGACAACAACAGCGAGUCGACCCAAGACAGAAAAAUAUGCCCCCCCAGCAAAACUCGUUGCCUCCGCAACCAGUUAGGGCCCCACAAGGGCCCCCGAGUGUGCCGCAAGUGCCACGCCCUGCUGCGAGUGUUGCUUCAAGUAUAGGGGGCACAGCGGGAGCUUCAGAUCAGGAAAAAGCGGCUCUUAUUAUGCAAGUUCUGCAAUUAUCGGAUGAGCAGAUUGCAAUGCUGCCACCCGAACAGCGUAACAGUAUUCUAGUUUUGAAGGAACAAAUCGCUAAAAGUGCUCAUCGUUAAUAAUAAAAUAACGUCAUUUCCCCAAAUUAGUGUUUAAUUUUUACAGUUUACAUGAUAAUUAAAAAAUCUUUAAAGUUAUUAACAUAAAUACUAUUUACAGUAUUGUGUAUAUAUUAUUCAAAAAUCAACAACAUAAAACGCACCCUCUAAAAAGUACAAAAUAAAUGAGCAAGGCUUUGAUUGUUUACGA